AUGCUCACACGGAGUGCACUGUGCCCAGCAAGGGCCUUUGCCAAUCGCUUCCCUCCCGCGAUACUCGCCCCCUCAUCACUGGGCGCAACCGCUUCCUUUUCGACAUGCACACGACCAAGCCCGCUUCCGCAACAGCGCAAUCGCCCCGCGACGACAGCGACGGCGACAGCAAAAACGACGCCGUGCACCCAAUUCCCCCGCAGCAAAUGGCCGGCACGCUAUGCGUCGACGACACCAGCACAAUCUAUGGCCAACAAUUCCCCAGGUAGCACACAACCCCAACUCACAUGGGACGCCUUCUUCGCGCUGCGCCGGACGCGCCGCAGAAUUGGCCAGGCCUGCUCCGGCAUUGGUGCUGUGGGUGUCACGUACUUUGGGCUCACGACAAUGAUCAACAAUGGCUAUGAUGCAACGCUCUCGGCGCAGCUCGGCGGCUUCGACCCCUUCAUGCUCAUGGGCCUCAGCACCUUGGGCAUGAUGGGCGUGGGGUGGCUCAUUGGUCCCAUCUUUGGCAACCAAGUUUUCAAUCUGGCGUACAGGGGAGUGAUUACCGAGUUCACACGGAAAGACUCGGCCUUUUUCAACCGCAUCAAACGCCACCGUGUCGAUCCUACCGCAUCGUCGCUGGCCAAUCCUCCCCCGGAUUACUAUGGCGAGAAGAUUGGCAGUGUGGCUGGGUAUAGGCGGUGGCUGAAGGACCAGCGCGCCUUCAAUCUCAAAACGGGCAGGUACAAGGGCGCCAAGACGUUGUAG